AUGGGGCCCUCGAGGACAAAAACGGUGAAAAACAAGUUCGCCGCACCCAAGGUCAGAAAAGUCCAGAACGAUGGCGUCGUCAAGGCUCGCAAGACCAAGGGAACCCCUCCCGCCAAGGGCGUGCACGCGAGCACCGUCAGCACGCUGUUGAACCGGCAGAAGAAGAAGAAGACGUAUACGGCGGAGGAGCUGGGGAUUCCGAAGCUGAAUAGCAUUACGCCUGUUGGUGUUGUGAAGCCCAAGGGCAAGAAGAAGGGGAAGGUGUUUGUUGAUGAUCCGGAGAGCAUGCGAACCAUACUUGCGAUAGUCCAGGCCGAGAAGGAGGGUCAAAUCGAGUCCAAGAUGAUCAAGGCGCGCCAGAUGGAGGAGAUCCGCGAGGCGAGGCGGAUAGAGGCCGAGAAGAAGGAACAGCAGAAGAGGGACAAGCUCGAAGAAGUGAAGGACUCCAUACGGAAGAAGAGGAAGAGAAAGGGAAAGACCGGAGCGGAGGAGGGAGAGAAGGAGAAUACCAAGGAGCUGUCGUCUACGGGGACGAAAGCCGUUAAGCCGAAGAAAAAGAAGGUGUCGUUUGCGUGA